CAUAUACAUGGCUUGACUUAAAAAUGAUUACCAAUUCCUGAUUAGAUGUGUGACGGUCCAGCGGUCACAUAAACUGCCCAAGUCCUUACAGUACUGCACUGUACUCAAGAACAAACAAUACAAGAAAUUAAAAAUGGAUCCCUUGAUAUCCGAUCCAUUUGGACUUGAAUGUUUAGUGGACUGUGUUUUCACAGCGAUGUACUUUGCACAACCAUCUAACUUGAAUGACUUUAUAUACCAGUACAUAUCAGAGCUGACGGACUCCAUAGGAUGUCACAAAGAAGGGAAUGCCCAUCACAUUUUUAAUCACUUCCAAGAACAAUGGGAGACAAACUUUCUGGAUAAUAAAGACAGCCAAACAACGAUUCCCAGCCCAAGCAUGGCCUUUGUCCCAUCAUUGCAAAACAUAUCUGAGGAAGACAUAUUUGGCCUUUUAUACAGGCUCUACAAGGAUUUGGCUUCGGCAAAGGUUUUACCAAAAGAAGUGAUACAUAAACGAAGACGGAAGCGCAGAACAACUCAUGCGCAUUUACCACAACGGUGCUUCUGCGACGCCAGCACAGAGACAGACCUAUUGUCGUUAGAAUGGAUUUUAAGUGAAGAUGAGAGUUUCGGACUGAGUGAUGAUAGUGAGACAAUGACAGAUAUAAGCCAGGGCUUUUUGCCACCAUUACUGGUUGAGACAAUGCCAGACAUAAAAGAGUACUGUUUUCCAACAGUUCCAGUUCACCCAAUGCCAGACAUGAGUCAGUGCUUUUUGCCACCAAUCCCAGUUAUUCCAGAAACACCUUUAGAUAUGAAAUCGGCGACGUACAAUGCUGAUGUUACUCAGGCACAAGUUUCACAAAAGCUUGUUCCCCCACCAAAUCCAACAAAGAAUGUCGAGAGUGACCAAGUAAAUACUGAUGAAAGACAAGUUAUUCCACUUCAACAUGCAAGCAAAACAGAGAAGGCAGGCAGCAAGGCUCCAAAGCAAAACCCCCUGCUGAACAAACACGAUAAAAAACCUGGUCCAGAGAAGGCCAAGUCUAUGAACAGAGCAACACUACUAGUGCCUGAUAAACCGGGGGCAACGCCAUUCACACCAAAGAAAGCCGCACCCAAAAACCGUCUGAAACCAAUUGAGUCCAAGAACCCUCGGAUUGCCCAACGUCAAAAACCUGGAAUACCUGAACUACAGCCCUCUCAAAAAACACAGGAACCCAAGAAACCAAGGGUGAGUCCUUACCAGGUAUCUGCAUCUAAAAGACCUGAAAAAACAGAAGCGCAAAAUAGGCUAACAAUUUUGGAGGCCAACAGUGUGUUACCUGGGAUCACAUCAGGACCAAAGAGGCCAAAAACAUUGGGAAUCACGUCGACGUUACCUGAGGUGAGGAGGACAUGGUUGAGUCUUCGUCGCAUAUAUGGACCAGAAAAGCCAAAAGUCCCGGCGACAAACAUCAAACCAAAACAGCCUUGGAGAAAUCCUCUCAGUGAUCCUCCAAGAAGGGAAGGACCACCUCGCGUGUACUGGAUAGAGAGGGAAAGAGCAAGGCCUGUGCAAAACAGACCAAGUCGGAAAGUUCCUGGCAAACUCUUGCUUUGACACAAAAUACAGCAGACGGCGUUAUCAGUCACACAAAGCCAACUUGUAUCAUCAACAUGCCACACAACAGAAGAAUGUUUUAAUCCUUUGUUGAUUACAUGCCUAUUUGUAUAGUAUUUUUCACUUUGUACACAUUGAGCAGUUUGUAAUAUUACAUGCUUUUGAGUUGGAAUGGUGGUUUAGUGACUGGCUGGCAACUGAUUAGAACCCACUACUAACACCUAUGUCAGUUGUCAUCUCAACCCACGGACGAGGCAAUGACGGACUGAAGCGUCAUAGUGUUGCAACAAGAUACAGAGGCAGCGACACGGUGAACCGCUCUGCCUAGCCGUGUAAGAUCCCUACAGGGGAAUUAGUAACGCUGGCAGCAGGAUGUGUCUUAAGAGCUCUUUUUAAUGCACGUUCUGGCUGCUAGUUAUGUUCUUGUGCCUACAGGAAUUCCGGUGUCGAGAUGGCUACUACGAGAGGG